UAUGCAAUGGCGAGGCGAAGCUCCAUACAGUUGCACAAUUCCAUGUUCAGGGGCAUUUCCAGGGCAGCUAUGUACUUCUUUAACACGAACCCAUCUGGUCGUAUACUGAAUCGUUUCUCCAAGGAUCUGGGACAACUAGAUGAAGUGCUGCCGACGAUUAUGCUGGAUGUGCUGCAGAUCUUUCUCACAUUGGCAGGCGUCAUUGUUGUCAUCUGCAUAACCAAUCCCUAUUAUCUAAUACUAACUUUUGUAUUAGGCGUAAUCUUCUAUUACCUCAGAGAAUUCUAUCUUAAGACUUCGAGGGAUGUUAAACGAUUGGAGGCAGUUGCAAGGUCUCCCAUCUAUUCUCAUCUGAGCACCUCACUUAAUGGUUUAACCACAAUCAGAGCACUCGGCGCCCAGAAGGCACUAAUUGCGGAGUUCGACAAUCUUCAAGAUCUACACAGCUCUGGAUACUACACUUUUCUGUCCACGAGUCGUGCCUUUGGCUACUAUGUUGAUUUCUUUUGUGCCUUAUAUACAAUCAUAAUUGUACUUAACUACUUCAUCAAUCCGCCCACCAAACCUGGUGAGGUUGGGUUGGCUAUUACUCAGGCCAUGAGUUUGGCAGGAAUGGUGCAGUAUGGAAUGACCCAAUCCGCCGAACUGGACACCACAAUGACAGCAGUGGAGCGCGUAUUGGAAUAUGAUGAUAUUGAGCCUGAAGGCGAGUUCGAAUCUCAGCCAAGCAAAAAGCCUCCACCGACAUGGCCAGAACAGGGUAAAAUUGUGGCUGACGACCUUAGUCUUCGUUACUCACCCGAUCCACACUCCAAGUAUGUACUUAAGUCUCUCAAUUUCGAGAUCAAACCAAUGGAGAAAGUUGGCAUUGUGGGCCGCACAGGUGCAGGCAAGUCCUCACUCAUCAACGCCCUCUUCCGACUGUCCUAUAAUGAUGGCUCCAUCAUCAUCGAUAGCCGCAACACUAACGAGCUGGGCCUUCACGAUCUGCGCAGCAAAAUUAGCAUUAUACCUCAGGAGCCAGUGCUCUUUACGGGUAGUAUGCGCUAUAAUUUAGAUCCAUUUGAGGAGUAUAGCGACGCUAAGCUGUGGGAUGCUCUGGAGGAGGUCAAACUGAAACCUGUCAUCAGCGAAUUUGCAAAUGGACUUCAGAGUAAGAUUUCCGAGGGAGGCAGCAACUUCAGUGUGGGGCAGAGGCAACUGGUAUGCCUGGCGCGCGCUAUUCUUCGCGAGAAUCGCAUUCUAGUGAUGGAUGAGGCCACAGCCAAUGUGGAUCCACAGACAGAUGCGCUCAUCCGGGCGACAAUAAGAAACAAGUUCAGGGAGUGCACAGUGCUGACGAUUGCCCAUAGGCUGAACACAAUUAUGGACUCUGACAAGGUGAUAGUCAUGGAUGCUGGUCAGAUGGUAGAGUUUGGCUCGCCAUACGAGUUGCUAACAGAAUCCGAGUCGAAGAUCUUCCACAGCAUGGUUAUGGAGACGGGCCAGAGCAGUUUUGAGAGUCUACUAUCGGUUGCAGAAAAGGCACAUUUGGAAUCACAGAAGGAGAAAACUGCCUAGCACUAAUUACUUAUUGUUUUAGUUAAGUCAAAAUGAGAUACUUAAAGUAUUAUCGUGAUGAUAAUUUGAAUAAAUACCAGAAUCUUUAAAAAUACAAA